UCGGAUGUACAAGUGCCAUAUGAAGAACCUGAUUUCUGAACCUGAACUGAUUGAUCCAGGUCAAUCGAGAAGACUCGAUGCUCGAGUCUCUCUGCUUAACAAGCAAAUGGAUAGUGAUGAAGACAGAAAGCAUACAUCUGGGCAAGGAAAGCGCCCGAUAAAAGGACCUGAAGCCUCUGAUAGCUACUUGGCAGCUAAGCGUAUUCGAGUUGAUACUGACCCUGGGACUGCAGAUGAGACGAAAAUGGCAAGUGAUUCACAUCCACCUGAGACCGCUGAAUAUGCUGAACCUGACCUUAUGUAUAUGAAGCGAGAUGAAAGUCCACACAAAGGAGUGGAUGCUCCUAUCAAAGAGGGAACCAUGGAAGAUGAGCUGAACGAAACUCCUAGCUGUGGAGUACCUGAAAAAGACGAAGUCGAGAGAAGCAGUGCCAUUGAAAGUGUUCCGGAUGCGACAGCCCACUCUUCUGUUGAGGUGCUGCUUGAUAAAGCUAUUAGUCCUGCUCUGGCACAGAAAAUUAACGAUGAUAUAAAAUUCCAGUUGAUGAAGGAAGUUCGGAAGUUGGGACGAAGGUAUGAUGCAAUUUUCACUUUGCUCGAGGAUGUGCGUGGACCUCUUUCGGUCAAGAAGCAGUUUGUUGAGUUAACCAUCAAGGAAGCUGCCAGGUUUAAAAGACAAUUUUUGAUUAAGCAACUCGAGGCAUUCCUUCACAAAAUGGUCAGCUACCAUGGAAAGAGGCGAAAUACUAAGAAAAACAAAUAA